UGCCGAUGUAAACAAUUUUGGUGGGAAAUUUAAUUUUUUUACAAAACAGAUGAGAAAAUUUAGAAAUGGCAACAAGUUCCUGGCCCAUAUUAUCUGCCUCUUUAGAGUUCACCGCACAGUACAAGCUGCCAGUCCAAUUUGAUACUGCAAUACAAAUCCAUUUGACGAACGAAUCCCAUCGAGAUGAGGACGAAGCUUUCAGCAAAGUUGUCACGUUGCCGACGAGCAUUCUGGUUGUAAGAAUUUAUGGGUGUACAAAUCUUUCACAUGCUGACUUCAAAAUAGUUGAUGACAUAUUGGUCUAUGCACGUGUGAUAUCUGGAGCACUGGGGAAAAGUACACACCAUACAACAUUCGCAAAGGGGAAGCCUGUAUGGAAUGAAUAUCUAUUCUUUCCUGUGCAACUCACUGGAAAUCCAAAAUCAAAAUCAAAUAAGCUUACUGUUUUGAUCAUAUGGCGAGAUGAAGCUCAGGACAAGAAAACUGGAGUAUCGAGUCAUAAGCUUCUAGGGAAAGCUGAAUUUCUGCUAUACAAAUUAGCAAGGCACAUCAAAAUAUUCGAGACUAUUGACAUCACAAACAGAAAGCAACAGAACGUUGGCCAGCUUCAGAUUGAAAUGGCUUUGGUCUCUGGUCCUUUUGGAUUUGGUCAGGCGUUUCAGAUCGAAAACAAUCUACAUUCUCCUGAAGAAAUGGUGAAAUGUUCUUUAUACCCAAGAAUAGCGCCAUCUUAUGAAAGAUUUCACUGCAGAGGCCUCGCCGUUGUUCCAAGAAAAGUGCAGCCAUCUUCGAUAAUUCCUUUCAACAACAGAACCAAGAACUUUGAACCGACAAUCAGUGAAACACACGGAAUGAAGCCACUAUUGCAUACACAGAAGUCUUUCUCAGUAUUAGCCAGUCGCUUAACAAGACUUCCAGCACUGCAUAGUGGAUUCCUUCAGCAAAAAACGAGAACGUCAAGAAUUGCUUACUUGCGUGGAACUCUUCGAUAUUUGGACAAGGUUGACAACCAUCUAAGCCUAAACGAAGCAAACGAGAAGCCUGUAAAUCAGGCAGCACCAGCUAAGCAGAAAAAUGACAGUUGCAAAGAAGCACAGGCUCAAUCAGCAGAUAUUGUCAGCCUGAACGACGGACUUCAUGUCAUUUCAGAGGAUCAGGAGCUAGAGGAUAAAGAAGAUACAGGAUCCAUCCCGCAUUUUCUGGAAAGCAUUAAACAGCUAGAAGAAUCUCGCAGCCACUCUUCUACAGUCAGAUCCGCGUCAGUGUCAUCAUCCCUUCACUCGGUUGACCUUACACCUGAGUACUACACCAGGAAGCACUUUAGAAGUUCUAGCCUGCUUGGAGCCCUGUUCAAGAGCACAGCAUACUUAGACGAAUAGGAAGAGCCUUUCACUCAUUAAAUCUCUCUCAACAUUCCGUAAU